UAUCUCAAUAGUGUUUGCUGUUUUUUUUCCAAAUGUGCCUAAUUAAUCAUACGUAGUCUAUUAUACGUUUAUGAUGAAAAUUAAACUGUAACAACCAUCGUUGCAACUUAAUUAAUCUCUUCCUAGCUCACUCACUGUUGGACUGAAAGGAAAAGUAAUCUUCCGAAAACAUAGACGAUCUUUGGCAACAAGUGGGCGUUCAAUUCCUCUCCUCCUCCCUCCCUCCGUGGGUCAGCGUGGGCGGCCCCGUGUGGCAGGAGGAGAGCGAAACACGACACCCCGACAGAGGAAGGGGGGGGCAAAGAGAACACGAAGUGAGUGAGUGAGUGAGUGGAAAAAGGAAAAAGUCCGUGCCGGAGAAAGAGAGGGACAGAGAAAGAAGCGAGCAGGCUUUGGUUGUUUUGUUCCUUUCAGAAGCGCCGCUGUUUUGACUGUCGGUGAGGGUGAUGAUGAUGUGGAGGAGGAAUCGACCAUGCGACACCGCUGCAACAAGCGGGAUGAAAAUUUAGACUCGUCGCAUUCCGUUGCUCCAGUACCGACCAACGGCUGCACGACUCCUCCAAACUUCGACCUGCGCCAUUCAGUCCCGGGCGACUGGAUUUCCCCCCCAGAGGCGCUGGGCAACUUCUCGCACCAGAAGCCCCGUGCUUUUAAAAAACAACAUAACUUCAGCACAAAACUUUUUUUCAACCAACACCAAUGUGUCGAGAUAAAACGCAGAAGCUCGUGCGAAGUUUGUUUGUCUUUCUUUUAAACUUCAAAUCCGAGCUCAUGAUCGGGGCAGGUUCUUCCUAAGAAGCCACUUGUGAGAACAACACCGGAGGAAGGAGUGGGGUGUCACUGCUAACUUCGCUAGCUAACUCGGCUAAAGGCUAGCUAACUAACGCGUAAAGUUACCAGUCGACGGGGAAAGUGACUGAAGCAGCACAUCGAAGACGACAAGAAAGAUGAAAACCCCGUCAGACUCGGGGUUUGCCUUCCCGGAUUGGGCCUACAAGCCUGAGUCAAGCCCAGGCUCCAGACAGAUCCAGCUGUGGCACUUCAUCCUGGAGCUGCUGAGGAAAGAGGAGUACCACGAGGUCAUCGCCUGGCAGGGAGACUAUGGAGAGUUUGUCAUCAAGGACCCAGAUGAGGUGGCCCGCUUGUGGGGUGCCAGGAAGUGUAAACCGCAGAUGAACUAUGACAAGCUCAGCCGGGCACUAAGAUACUACUACAACAAGAGGAUCCUUCACAAGACCAAAGGGAAGCGGUUCACCUACAAGUUCAACUUCAACAAACUAGUGCUGGUCAACUACCCCUUCAUCGACAUGGGCUCUGGUCGGGGAGUCCCUCAGAGUGCCCCUCCAGUGCCAACCGGAGGCACCCACUUCCGUUUCCCUCCGUCCACACCGUCAGAAGUCCUCUCAUCCAGUGAGGAGCUGCGCAGCCCAGGCAUGUUCAGCAGCGUGGCUCGCCGCAUGGCCCGCGGCUCUGUGAGCGACUGCAGCGAUGGCACCUCCACCAAUUCGGAGCUGGAAGAGGCUGUUGGGGCCGAUGAGCGAGGCGUGGGGCCUGAGAGGGCUUUCAGGGGCCUGCUUCCUCACCGCCUGCCUCACGAUUCUCUCUUCAGGGUCUACGGCGGGGGCCCGAACCCAGCAGGGCUUGUCAGACCUUCCCACAGGGUCCACCCAGAUCCUCUGUCUCCAUUCCCUGUCUCCCCCCUGCCUGGCCCCGGGGGUCUUCUAGCCCCAACUCUGUCCCCAGCCCUGUCCAUGACCCCUACCCCCCACCUGCCCUACACCCCCUCCCCCUCCAUGUCUUCUCCCAUGAUGGGCUCUCACUUCUCCUUCAACCCGGAGGACAUGAAGCACUACCUGCAGGCCCACACCCAGUCCGUCUACAACUACCACCUCAGCCCCCGAGCCUUCCUCCACUACCCCAACAUCAUCAUCCCUCAGCCCCAUCGCCCCACCCUGGAGAAGCCGGCCGCCCACCACCUCCACGGCCCACCCCUGCCGCUCUCUCAUUCGCUUGGCCAGCAGCCGGGAGGUGGUGAGGAGGGUCAGCUGCACCCGUCACCGUUUAAGUUCAAGCUGCAGCCGCCUCCGCUUGGGCGCAAACAGAAGGAUUCUGGGAGCUCAUUGGCUGCUUCUUCUUGCUCCUCUUCAUCCAGCCAGUCCUCCUCAUUCACAGGGUCUGGUCAGAUAUCCAACGCAGGACCUCCUAAGAUCAAGGUGGAGCCCAUAUCAGACAUCGAGUCAGAAGAAGAGGUGGAGGUGACUGACAUAAGUGAGGAAGAUGAGCUCAAUCACAAUGACGAGGACGAUGGAGGUGACCUCUUCCCCGCCACAGCCCGUCACCAUCAUCAUCAGCUCAACAACCAUCACCAAGCUAACGGAAAUGGAAGCAGCCUUUCUGUUCCUCCACAUAGUAACCCUGAUUAUGACCCAGAUGAUGACGAGGUCUUCAAGACUCCUGCCACUCCGCCCAUCGGCAGCGGCAGCCAGGCCUUCCCCCUGAUUGGCCUGAAGAGUGAGCCAGGUCAGGCAGCUCCCAUCAGCCCCAGAGGCACGAGCUGUAUCCCUCUCAAACUCCGCUUCAAGCGCCGCUGGAGCGAAGACCAGAAGAUGGAGGCUGACGGAGAGAGGGACGAGGCGGAAGACAAGAAAGUGAGGGCUGAGGGAGAGGAGAUGGUGGAGAGGAAGAGUGAAGAGCCAGGGAGGAGAGUGGGGGAGGUGGAGAACGGGGGAGGAAGAGGUGUUAUUUUGGGGUUGAUGCUGCCACCGCCUCCCACCCAGCGCAGAGCGAGUUCGGAGCUGCAGAGGGCUACAGCACAGUUGUCUCUGGAAAACACUGGCUGCUGAGCUGCAUGUGCGCACACGCACGCACGCACGCACACACACACACACACACACACACACACACACACACACACACACACAGGGGAUCCUCCACGGAUACAAAACACACACCUCUCAGAGUCUUGUCAACAAACGUAAUAGUUUUAUGUAGACCGUAACGCCUUGUGGUUUCUUGCCAGCAGUAGUGGACGUAGCAGGUUUUGGUUUGACACAAGAGUGCGCUUAAAUGAAGACAACUGAAAGGUGAUUAUAUAAACACACUAUAAUGUUGUUCUUCGGCGUAUAUCUGAAUAUGUACAUGUGUCAUAUGUAGGAAAUAGUUUUUUUUGUGCAAUAAUUAAAGGAGUUGUCGGGCACUUUUUACUGACCUCACAGCCCCACAAACCCUUUAAGUUACUAAACAUAAAACAACAUAUUUCCCCUACAUAUGUUACAUCUACAUGUUCACGAGGUUGUAAAGAACAAGAUGAACGUGUGACCAUAGUUACCUCUCAGGUUUUGUCACUGUUUUUUACUUUAACAAUACUUUUCCUGUGGUCAGUACUGUCAGCAAGCAGCCGCUAGACAUUAUGGCUACUUAUGUAAAACCAUAAAACGCAGAUGUGCCUGUGUAGCCUCUAAUGUACUGCAAGGCAAGACACCUUUGUGCCCCUGGAACCCUAUCAAACAUGAACACAGCAGACAGAGUAUUUUUGCUGUGACUUACAACAUUAAGAAAUAACCAAACUUAGUCUGUAUAUUGACUCUGUCCCAUUUUCAACAGUAGAGCCCUCCAGAGAGGGAGUCUACUCUAAAUAUCUCUUAGAAUUGCACAUUGCCUUUUUAUUGCCUCCUCAAACCCUCAUAGUGCCAGUUAUGCUAUAAGUCUGCCAGGGAUGACCUCACAUCACGCCUGUGCCCAGAUUAUGUCUUUAAUAGGUCUAUUUGUUUAUCUGGUACAGGGAAACGCAUCACAUUCACCUUAAAGAGUACAAAGGCAGCCUGAAUUGUACAGCAGUAGAUGAAUUUCUCACAUCUGGCUCACUUGAAAGUGGUGAGCCCUCCUCUUCACCCCACCCCACCCCCCCCCAUCCUUUUGUACUCACCACAACAUACAGACAGAUCUUAAUGUUACUGAAAACACUUUCAACAGCCCUGAUAGAGAUUACAGAAGUGCCUCUCUGUCUGCACCCAUCACCAUGCAGUCGUUUACAAACGGAGGGCAGUGAGGGGAAAAAAACAGACUUUGCUCUGAUGGAUCUUAAAGACUGAAGAGGGAUUUUUUUUUUUUCUUCAAGAGGUGAUUAGAAAGAACUCUCCAAUCAGUCUUUUCUCGGACACUAUCAGGCUGCAUUAGGGCCAAACUGAGUGGUCGCUUCAUCCUCCGCUCAUUCACUACAGUGUAUAAAGACAUGAAAUGAAGGUGGAAUUGUACAUUUUAAGGACAGUCAAAGUAAGCCUGAGCAGGAGAGGAAGAUUUAAAUGAACUGACGUUGACCUCUCAACCUCUGACCUGCCACACGGCAUCUUUAGACGUUUGAUUCCCAGCGAAUGGACGUAGUUUCCCUUGUACAGAAAAAACACCUGGGUGUCGCCUUUUCUGUUGUCACUUGUUGAGGAAAUGAGGAAGCAGCUACCAGCAAGGCUGUAAUUACAGACACACUUGUUUCUGAAUGUGCGCGCGUGUGUGUGCGCCCAAAGCUGGUGUACCAACAUCACGCCUCGAGGAGACAGAUAUUCAUGUUCCUGCUCGACUUCGCACAAUCUUUGAGGGGUUUGGGGGUUUGAGGGCGUUCGUCGUGUUUUCUCCCUCAAACAUACAGAUCAACAUCUCUCUUCUGCAUUCCCCCUUUUUAGUUUUUUUUUUUUUUUUCUUAAAGACUGUAUUAUUUCUGUUAAAGGAUGCUUGUGCCUCAUAAGGACGUGGACAGUAUUUUAGGGCAUUUGCAGUGAUCUGAGGACUUUUCUGUAUUUUGGAGAUGAUAGCCGAAUCUGUUUUAUGUGAUGUUUUGAGAAGCGACGAUUGAAGCGAACUGAUUUGUCUAGGAGAGAACGGGAACCAUGUCGUGAAUGUUGAGCAUCAAGGUUAACUCAGGCAAACCUUCACAGAGAUAUAGAGAAAACAACCCUUUUUUUUUAAUGAUGUUUUAUUCAUGUAGUUUCAAAAGUAAAAUGACAUGGAGCCCAUUUCAACGAACAAACGAUUCAAAUAAGAUUGUGCCUUUUUUAAACCAACAUGAGUUUUAUCAAGUACCCCCAGCAAAAUGUUUUCACACUCACACAGUACCGCCAUGCCUUCUGCUUUUGUAAAAGAGAGAUACAGAAUAAGUAAAUCUACACAUAUAUAUUUUAUUCAAAUAUAUAUUGAAUUCAAAUAUUAUAUUUCAAUACGGUCAUUUGAUACAAAUCAGGAACAUCCUACUAUUUUUAAUGGUAAAGAUAUGUAUAUAUUCUAAUGGGCAUGUUAUUACCAGUAUAAUUCAGCCUUUGCCUUCUCACACUUGCCUUCUCUUGACCGCUGAGCUGCAGUGACAAAAGGCCACCGGUGUCAGAGUUUUAUAUUUAUAUUGUUAAAAAAAAAAAACAGUUAUUGUGUAUUCAGGGGACAGAGGGUGUGAUGGGAUGAGGAUAAAUGUUUGAGCAGAAACUUUUAACCAGACCUUGGUCCUGGGUCGUGUUUACCUUGUUAGUGUUUGUUUUAACGUCCUUGGGGUAGCAGCCAGGCGGGGUUUACAACCUCAGGACAGAGUCGAGCUCAGUCACACAAAGGUAAAUUUCUUUUUUCUUUUUUACAUUUUGCAUGGUAAACCCCGCCCGCCUGCAACUGUUUGACCCCGAGCUGCUUAAAAAAACGUGGAGGCACAGAUUGUAACGGGGGAGCUGGUAACGUACUCGCGUGUUUAGAGAAGACCGAUUCUGACUGGACGACACAGAUAUGCAGCAGCUCCGCGUCACCUCGCAAAGCCAGCAGGGCCGCGGCUGCUGAUAUGGCUGGACUUUGGUUGAAGCGUGGACUGUGGACUCGAGCAGCUUUGUGUGAACCAAGUAUAUCUAGGCUGGUCUGAACCCUGCCCUACACAUACACACCAUGUCCUGGUUAGAGUAAGGCUUUACUGUGGCUAGAAUAAAGGGAAACAUGACAUCACACGUGACAUCAGACGCCCCCACAGUCUCACAGGAGUAGGCAAACCAGAGCAACUACACACACUGUUAACGCGCAUGCACACGCACACAUACACACACUCAGAGGAAAUGGCAUCACAAAACCGCUGAGUGGAGUGAGAGGGACUUCCCAUAAUCUGACUCGCUCAUUCUGCUCGGUGUGUGUACUUGCAAUUGUGUGCGUGAAUGUGUGGUUCCUGUGGUUGUGCCCUCCAUCUUAUAUAUACACACACACACACCUAUUCAACACAGCUUAGAAAAGACUGGCCAGAUAAAGUCUAGAGCUGGGUUAUUUAGUCCCUGUUUCCUUAUCCAGAUUGCCCAACAAGCUCCAGUGUCGUGUGUGUGUCUUACUGGGUAUCUUAAACUUUUAAAGUUGUAAAAUUUGUCUUCACCACGCACAAAACAAAACUCUUACAUCUAUCCUUCUAAUCAGUUUUUUUAUCAUCACAAUUCCUCUUUUUAAACUUUUUUUUGUUGUUUAUGGUCCGUGGAGACUGUCAAAAAUGCCAGCAAAAAAACGUUUUAAAGAACUUUAAGGACAGAUGUAGCUGUUUACUAUUGUCUGGUGAAGGAAAAUGCAAACACCGAGCUGUACCUGAACUGUUGCACCUGUGCUGCCUUACCUGUCGUGGCUUCAAAAACAAAACAGAAGAGCAUAACUGUUUCCCACUUUUUGGUAUUUUCACACCUCAAUGUUGUUCUUAUCAUUUUCUUCUGUACCUUUUCAGACAUAUUACUGUUACUCUUGUAAUUAUUAUAUUAUUAACAUGACUAUUUUUGAUUACUUUGUACCCUCUUGCCAUGGCCCGGUCUCUUCUCCAUGAAUUUCGUGGUUUUCUGUGAGUUUUUGUUCCAGUUUGCACUCUUUCCCAUGAACUUCAGCUAGUUAGCUUCAGUACGGUCUUUUCCUUCUUUUUUUGAACUCACACUGAUUUUAUAACCAUGCUACCAUGAAAAAGAGGAGGGCCACAUAAUCCCCACAAGAUAUACAGCAGGGGAAGAAACAAUUGUUUUAAUUUUUUUUUUUUGAUGUUGUGUAUAUAUAUUUUUUCCAUUUUGGAGGUUUCUGUAAGAAAAAAAGAGCUUUGUACUGUUUAACCAUUGUAUUAUUUGAAAUGUGUCCCCCUUUCCUCUCCGGUCGCCUCUGUCUCUCCUCUCAUGUCCACCUUGACGGUGAGCUGUCACUCCAGAGGAGAGACUGAGACUUUUGUUAUUAUCAUGGAGAAAACCACCUGUACUUCUGUUUCUCUUCUGUCUGUUCAUCUUCAUUUGUAAUUAAACAAUAAUCAGGGUUCAUUAAAAAAGGUAAAAAUGGA